AUGCAAAACCGACGAAGCCUCCGCCUCAAUCCUCCGCGUGAUGACAGUGUCAACUCGUCGUCUCCGCCAGUGUCAACGCCGCCUAGCAACAGCCGCGUUUCUCGCAAGAACUCUCGAAAGCGUCCCCGUCGCAAUUCUCAAUCAAGAUCUCGCUCUCAAGCAACAGUGCCGGAGAUUGAGUCUCUCUCUGAAGGUAACGAAUCUGAUCAAGUCUCUGAACCAUCUGAAACCGAAACGGAGAUAAUCGAUCAGGAAGAGGAUCAAGAUCCAGCUGAGGUAGCUCAAGAGACUUUUGAAGAGAUUGAGUUGAUUCCACUCAAUGAAAGGUACAAAGCCAGUCGAGCUACCUUCCUAGCUAGAGCUCAAGAAACCCCUGCUCUCAUCCAGUCUUCGAUACGUCCGAUCUCUGCACGAUUCAUCACUACUGCAGCUGCUCAGCGAUUCGAGGCUCUGUCACUCCGAAAAUUCCUUCCUCAACAGAGUUUAGAUGUCACAGAUGAAAACCUAGCCGAUGUGCGUCUUGUAGUUGCUGAAGUAGGCCUCAUCUACACGGUCUUUGACAGUAUGGCUUUUCAGCCCACAGUAGUCCGGGAGUUCAUAGAAAACCUGCCUGAUGCUGAGCCGCGAGAUGAUGGGGUAGCAGUAUAUGUUCGAGGGUCCAUGGUGGUCUUUUCUCCAAGUUUGCUCAAUGCCAUGUUUUGCAUUCCUGGGUUUGAAGAGGACCCGAGCUGGCGUGAAGAAAAUAUUGAUCGUGUGUGUGUGUUUCUCACUCAGGGAUGCGUAAAGCACAGAGAAGACAUGAGCUCGAAGUGGUUAACUGCGACGAAUCAGGUCCUGUACAAACUGGUGUGCUCUAACUGGAUCCCAACCACAAGCUACACUGCUAUGAACUCUGAGCGUCUGCGCUUUCUCUACAUGCUGUAUGUCAGUCGCGGGUUUGACUUUGGGAAGCUGGUCUAUGACCAAGUCGUGUCGAUGGCUGAUAACACUGAGGCUGACAAGAAGCGUCGGAUCAUCUUUCCAAACCUCGUCCAGCAAGUUCUACUGUACCCGCGUAACAUACCACCUGACAAUCAGGAUGUAGAUGAGACGGGGUUUCAGAAACAUGUCGUCAAGGACAUCAAAGCCGGAUUAGGUUCAGGAAGUGUCUCUCGUGCUCCAAAUCUCGAGGAAGACAUCGAGGAGCUCAUUACAGAUCUCAAGGCCCUUCGCAUGCGUCUGAGGAGGAAGAAUAUGGAGGAGCUGGUACUAGUACCCGUGGUGCCUGAAGUUGAAACAAGCGUAGCUAGCUUUUCAAGUUGCAGAGGUUGCUACAUUCAGAUAAAAAGGGGGAGAAUGUUAGCUCUGGAAUUAGAGCUGGUUCAAUGUAAAACAGAGGAUGGUUUACUUAGACGGUUUGGUGUGCCACAUACCGGGUCAAGGUUGUUACUAGACGAGGAUGUGGCAGCUGCUGAUUGGAUGAGUGUUGCUUUGGCGCAAAGCAAGCAUGAAGAUCACGUUAGCAAGAUUCUAGGAACGAGAAGAUCUUGUUAA